GUAAACAAACACACACUGAGCAUGCGUCAUUGGAAUAAUGGAGGACUGUCUUUUCCACCCGGGCUGAUGAUGUCUGUAUUUUUACUCUACUAUCUGUGAUCUGGGGAAAACAACAACAACUCGUCUGCAAUUCAGCGAGUAGUUGAGGUCAAAAUAACAAACCCAAGAUGACUACAGCCACGCCAGCCCAAGGCGCAGUCUCCAGGAUAAUGACGUUCACGCCUUCCAAAGAGGAGUUCAAGGACUUCAGCCGGUACAUUGCCUAUAUGGAGUCACAAGGAGCACACAAAGCUGGAAUGGCAAAAGUCAUCCCACCGAAAAGCUGGAAACCUAGACGGACGUACGAUGAUAUCGAUGACCUGGUGAUUCCCGCUCCCAUUCAGCAGGUGGUGACGGGCCAAUCAGGACUGUUCACACAGUACAACAUCCAGAAGAAGCCAAUGGCGGUCCACGAGUUCCGCAAGACCUCCAACCUGGAUAAGUUCUGCCAUCCCCGAUACGUGGAUUUUGACGAGUUGGAGAGGAAGUUUUGGAAGAACCUGACCUUCAACCACCCCCUUUAUGGGGCUGACGUCAGCGGAACACUGUAUGAUUCAGAUGUGGCUGAAUGGAACAUCGGUCGCCUCAACACCAUUCUAGACACCGUGGAGAACGAGAGCGGGAUCAAGAUCAAAGGCGUCAACACGCCGUACCUUUACUUUGGGAUGUGGAAGAGCGCCUUCGCGUGGCACACGGAGGACAUGGAUCUGUACAGCAUCAACUACCUGCACUUUGGAGAGCCAAAGUCCUGGUACGUUGUUCCACCGGAGCACGGGAAAAGACUGGAACGACUUGCUAAGGGCUUCUUUCCAGGGAAUGCUCAGAGCUGUGAAGCCUUCUUGCGCCACAAGAUGACUUUAAUUUCCCCCUCAAUCCUGAAGAAAUAUGGCAUACCGUUUGAGAAGGUCACGCAGGAGGCCGGCCAGUUCAUUGUGACGUUCCCGUUUGGUUACCACGCCGGUUUCAACCAUGGCUUCAACUGUGCCGAGUCCACCAACUUUGCCACCCAGCGAUGGAUUGAUUACGGCAAACAGGCGACGCUGUGUUCGUGCCGGCAGGACAUGGUGAAGAUCUCCAUGGAUGUGUUUGUACGCAAAUUUCAGCCCGACCGUUACAAACUGUGGAAGGCAGGGAAAGACAACGCUCCCAUUGACCACUCCAAACCCACACCAGAGGCGGCUGUGUUCCUGAAAGAAGACAAGAGCGAGCCUUCAAAAGAGACUCCCAGUGAAGCUGGAUCUGAGGAGCACACCACCCCUGUCCAAGAGGACAAAAGUCCAAAGCCUCAGACUGGGACAAAGCGUCAGCUGGAAGCCAUCCGAGCGUCUGAAGACAUCAAACCUGAGCUGACUAUGAAGGAGACUGAGGAGGUGGAGCCAAAGAAGGCCAAGCUGUCACGCAAGGAGUCUCCUGCUAAAGUCCCUGUCAAGCCAGAUAAAGACACAGUGAAAGUCAAGACGGAGCCUAAGAAGGAGAAAGAGACCAAGCCUCAGACUAAAUCCCAAUUCAAAGCCAGCGCAAAGAAAACUUCACACCGAAAAAGCACGUCGAGAAAAGAGAAGAACGGUGUGUCGGCCUCCGCCGUCUGUCCGCCCGAGCCUGUGGCUCUGUGCUCUGAGGAGGAAGCUCCGCUGGGCAACAGCUGCAGCCCAGCGGAGCCGCACAAAGUUUUCCAGAGGACGCUGAGCCCCGCGGACGUCCUGCACGUUCACAGCUACGCCAAAGGAGACUACGGAGAGGGAGAAGCCCCGCCUAAGGAGGAGAAGAAGAGUGAAGGCAGUGACACGGAGACGGAGAAAGACAACAGACAUGUUAGCAAAGCACAGGUGGCAGAAGAGUUGGCUGCAGAUGAAGAGCUGGAGAGUGAUCUAGGGCAGCUGCCAGGCCACCAUCCGCUCAUAAAGGACGGCAUGAGUGAUGAAGAGGCUCCAGAGGAGGCCGCCUCAGUAGAAGAAGGUGUCCUGGAAGGAGAGAGCUGGGCUAAACCUCUGGCCCACCUGUGGCAGAACAGACCUCCAAACCUGAAGAAAGAGAGAGAAUACAACCAGCUCAUGGAAUCCAAACCUCCAUACUGCUCCAUCUGCAGGCUGUUUCACACCUACCAGCAGACGGAGUGCGGGAACAGUGGAGACAAGCCUGUCAUGGUGGCUGGCGGGCGGAUGCGGACCAAACCUCUGAUCCCUGAGAUGUGUUUCACCACCACCACGGAGGAGGACUCCGAGUGUGAGGAGCAGCCCGUCACGCCUCAUCUGGAGGAAGAUGGAACCAGCCUCCUCAUCAGCUGCUCUCAGUGCAGCAUUCGGGUUCACACCAGCUGUUACGGUGUGGAUCCAGCCAGUGUGAGCAAGGAAUGGAAAUGUGCGCGCUGCAAAGCCAACGCCAUGACUGAG